CAUACAUAAAAAAUUAAAAAGGGAUUAUUCACACUCCAAAAAUGGCUAGUUUAUACAUCCACUUGAAAAGAAUAUUGCAAUUUGACUUUACUUAGUCAUAAACUUUAAAGUGACAUCUACAGUUCAAUAACAAGUGACACUAAAAUGUUGCUUUUUGGAAAUGUAAAUGUAUUUUUGUCUUCGCAGUGACCCAAAGCAGUGGAUGUACAGUUUGUAGCAAUCACAAGGGUCAGCUCUCCAUGUGAGUAAAAACAAGGCCACUCCCAUCAAACAUGACUUAUAUUUAGCACUCACUGACAUGGAAGGCUAACCUUCACCCUCACUGGGCUGCUUGGCUGCCACUCACUUAAGCAGAGACACCUCUUAAGUGAAAAGCUAUAACCUUCUCCAUAGUCAGGCAGAAUUCAACGUUUUUAAUUUCUGCUGCUGGACAGGAUUUGCUGGUGAUGACUGAAGAGCACUAAGUAGAGUUAACAUCAGACUAGGAACUAUCCCAAAGAACUCUCUCAAUGCCUAAUGCCUUUUCCUCAGGGCUAAGGAAAACAUGGCAGUCACCAAGUAACCAAAUCAGCUCUGCGGUUAGAGGUGACCAAUAUCAGGCUUUUCUAUUUUUUUGUUUUUUCUAAAUAAAGCAGUUUUGUCCAUAUCGGAGCCACUAUGGGGGACUGGAACUUGUUGGGGAAGCUGCUGGAGAGUGCGCAGGAACACUCCACAGUGGUGGGCAAAGUAUGGCUGACUGUGCUGUUCAUCUUUCGCAUCCUGGUUCUGGGAACGGCAGCUGAAAAGGUGUGGGGUGACGAGCUGUCCGGCUUCACCUGCGAUACCAAGCAACCUGGUUGUCAGAACGUCUGCUAUGACAAGACCUUCCCUAUUUCACAUAUUCGCUUUUGGGUGAUGCAAAUUAUCUUUGUUUCCACACCGACUCUAAUUUACCUGGGCCACAUCCUCCAUCUUGUCCGCAUGGAGGAAAAGGAAAAGCAAAAGGAAAAGGAGAGGGAGGAGGCGAUCCAAAAUGAGAAGUCCCUUGAAAUCAAGGCCAAAAAGGCCUCGGUCAAAGAUAACCAAGGUCAUGUGCGCUUAAAGGGCGCACUGCUGCGAACCUACGUGUUCAACAUUAUCUUUAAGACCUUGUUCGAAGUGGGUUUCAUUGUGGCUCAGUACUUUUUGUACGGCUUCGAGCUGAAGGCCAUGUACACCUGUGACCGCUGGCCCUGCCCCAACAUGGUGAACUGCUACAUCUCCCGGCCUACUGAGAAGACAGUGUUCAUCCUCUUCAUGCUUGCGGUGGCCUGCAUCUCACUGCUACUUAACUUGGUGGAAAUGUACCAUCUCGGUUUCACUAAAUGCCACCAGGGCCUCCGCUACAGGCGGUCACACGCAUCACCUGAGGCCCCCAGGCAUCUACCAGAAGCAGCUCUGCCCUUUGUACCAAGCUACGACUACUUCUCUGGGCACACCGCUGUGCCAGAGCCUUACGCUACAGACCCCAAAUACGGCAUUGGUGAACCAAACUCUGCUUACAGCCCCUACAACAGCAAGGUGGUUUACAAGCAGAACAGAGACAACAUGGCCGUGGAGAGAAAAGGCAAAUCAGAGGAUGACUUGAAGGAGAAAAAAAACUCCAUCACGGCCUUUGAAAUGCCUGUUGAGAACCAGCGGAGGAACAGUCAGUCGAGCAAGCACAGCAACAACAAGACCAGGUUAAAUGAUUUGAAAAUCUAGUUGUUCUCUGUCUAUUCUUUUUAACUUGGGGAUCAUGAAUUCAAACAUUCAGUAAACAUUUAUAAACAAAUUAGAAGAUCCUCAGGGAGGAUUGCACUUUUUAUGUAGAGGUACUGUUUAUCUACAGUACCUUUUUAUACCCACACUACUGUAGCCUUGUACUUCAUAUGCCCAGAACACAAACUGUAUUCACUUGACCAGGACAACCUUCUGAGAUUAGCAAUCUCUUUUACAAGAGUGUCCUAGAUCAGCAGCGCCACACAAUGUUGGGACUUUAAGCUCAGGUUUACUAGUUGGAACGACUGGUUUACAACAAUAAUGCCAAAAAAGAAAACUACAUUGACACGUACUUGUAUGAGGGAUUACCAGCAUUUGUUUAAGCUUUGUAAAAAAAAAAGAAAAAAGAAAAAAAAGAAAAAAACUUCUACAGGGGCCAUGUACUGUACACUUCUAACAGGGGUUACUGAAGUAUCAAGCACCAAAGUCAACAUAUCACAAACUAAUGACAUAAUAGUUUACAGUUUGUUUUUGGUGAUAUUUCUGUUUUGAUGACAUUUUGAUACAAUGACUGAACUGAUUUCUUCUUUUUAAAAGGUAAUAUUAACUGGGAGCCCGAACUGUUUUCUACUGUUUUAUUGAUCAUAAACUGUAAUGCCGUCUUCCUAAUACAGUUAAUAUUUAUGGUCAAUAUGAUACUGAUUAUAUGUACUGGGGUAAAUUAAAAAAAGGUUUUGGAUAAAUUUAAAAAGGCCAUGAAAAGGACAAAUUAAUUUAGCUAUUUCUCAUCUUAAGUCUAAACACGUUUGGGUUGUUUCCCGAAAAAAAUAAAUGCUUUGAGAAUUUCUUGGUCUCGGUCCAAGGACUGAAUAUGAGUUACUUUCAAAUGUUGUUUCAGUUUUGGGAAAAUAAAACAAACCAAAGCUUGAAUUAUUUAAUCCUCCUGAGAUAAGUGUCUUAACUUGUUUUAGUUGUUAUUUAUGUGAUUAAAACAUCUCUUUUUUGACUUACCAUCAUGUCUUCCUCAUUCUUGCCUGUCACAUUUCUGGCUGAUAUAUUAUGUUAUUUUAUUGUAAAAAACACACUACGUUAG